AUGAAUAAUCAGCGGAUAUUGCCUCGGAUAGUUUUGAUAGCCUGUGGUUCCUUCAGCCCACAGACGCCAAUGCAUUUUCGUAUGUUCGAAAUUGCACGUGAUUAUUACAAAACACAAGGAACACAUCACGUCAUUGGUGACCUAUGCCAACCCACACACGAUUCAUAUCGGAAGAAAGGACUCGUUGUUGCUACACAUCGAUUGGCUAUGUUGAAAUUAGCAUUGCAAUCCUCAACAUGGAUCAAAGUAAGUUGGUUAUAACAUAUCUACAGGCUUUUAAUUAAUUACUUUACUUCUUUACCAUCGGACUGGGAAAUACAACAAUCAGAAUGGUCACUCACGAUCUCCGUUCUGCAGUACCAUCAAAAUUAUAUGAAUUUGAUAUAUGAUAUAAACGGUACUCUACCUGGUUGGGUUCCUCCCGGUUUGCGUGAGCGGCAGGAUGGUGUGCAAUUGAAAUUGCUGUGUGGAGCUGAUUUACUGGAAUCAUUUGCAGUGCCGGGAUUAUGGGCAGAUAAGGAUAUUGAAGAUAUUUGUGGCAAUCAUGAUUUAGUGGUUAUCUCACGUUAUGGCUCUAAUCCUGAAAAAUUCAUUUUCGAGUCAGAUAUGUUGAUAGUUGACGAAAUAUAUCUGACUCGAAUAUGA